UAACAAUAACUUAUACUUAAUGUAAUAUUAACUUAAAAUAACCAAGUGUAAGGUCAUAAGAAAAGUAGUAGAACAGGUUAAUGUUAAUAAAACUUUAUACUACCUUAAAUGUGACAUUAUAAUUUAUAUAACUUUAUAUCCGUUUACUUUUGCAUUAUACAUUUUUUAAACAUUUAAGAACUGUUUAAUUCUGUCACAUACAAAUUGUCCAACGAUAAUUGAUGUUCUGCGAACACUGCCAAAUAUAUAUAUAUAUAUACAUUUGUAUGUUUAUAAUAUAUGUAUAUUUAAGAAUACAUUAGUAAAACCAGUUUGACACCCCGAAACAUAAUUCAUUGUUUAAUCUUCAAGGCAAUAGCACAACACGGCACAAAAAAAAAUAAAAAUAAAAAGUAGUGAGAAGGAAUUUAUUCUACACUGCAGUCUUCUUAUGGUUGAAUAGCUUAAACAAUCAGCUCCACAUUAUUCGAUACUAAUGUCGUUUACAAUGAAACUCGUAUUUUUAUUAGUAAUUGGUUGUACUGUGCUUAAUCUAAUUGAAUGCAACCCAGUAGAGUUAGUGUCUCUAACAAAUAAAAGAGAUGAUUCUGGUCAAUUCUUAUCACGAUAUAAGUUGGAUGACGGUACUGGAGAAGAGAAGAUGGGUAAACUAUUGUCAAACAACAAUGGAGAGGACGCUAUUCUCGUUCAACGGGGUUCAUAUACUACAAAUGUCGAUGGGCGGCUCAUUACAUACAAUUGGAUAGCUGACACAAGAGGUUUCCGGAUAUCAAAAGCCUAAUGUACAAUAAAUACCAUUUUUAUAAGUUUUCAAUACAAUAUUACUUGUACUCGUAUAAUUAACUUACAUUAAAAUUAUCUACUCGUCUA